AAUAAAAUUACAUAUUUAUUUAUUAGAAUUGAAAAUGCACUUACAUAGUAAUUCAAUUAUCUUACUACAAAUUCUUCCUCUUCUUCGAAUAGUUAUUUCCUUAUGUAUAAUUACUUACUUCCUUCCUUUUGAAAAAUGACUACCUCUUGGCAGCACUUACCAAGCAAGAAUACAAAAUAUGUGAAUUACACACUCAUAAAUGGUAGCAUUUCUUGCAGGUAGCAGGCUGCCCUUUUUGUUGCCGUACUUAUGCUUAAAAGCAGUAUUAUUAUUGUGUAAAAAAAGAACAUAUGUGCAUUCAUAAAUAACAUUUUUAAGAGCAGAUUGCAACCUUGAAAUACGAAAUGCAAAUGCAAAAAUUACCCCUUCAAAAUGGCAGAAUUUUUUUUUGAAAGCCAAUUAAUCAGAACAUUGCAGUGUAAGUACAAUGAGUAAAUAUACACUAUAAUUUGUAAUUAGAGACACUUUUUUCCUUUGGCAAUUUGGCCGGAUGAAAAGACACAAAUCCUAUUCGCUAAAUAUGCACACUAUUUGCCUGAAAUUGGUCCGACGAAAAAAUUGAAAAACAAAAAAGAAAUGUGGUUGCAAAUUUCCCUAGAAAUAUCUGGAAAAAGUCCCAAACAGUGUGAGGAGCGAUAUAAAACGGUUACUAAGCGAAAGAAAAGUUCUGCAGCACAUAAAGUGGGAGCCAAAAAGAAGAAAACUGAGCCAGAUGAUUCUAUCGAUGUGGAAGUUGAGGAAGUACGAAAAAGUGUACGUGAGGAGUAUUAUAUGAAAUUCGACAAGAGUAAAACAAAAACCGUGCAAGAUACGUUGCUGGAGAUAGCGCAGAAGAGGGAGCAAGCAUGGGAGAGACGACAUCGUGAAAAAAUGGAUGCAAUUGGCAAAAUUCAUAAAUUGCUGGCAAAAAUGGUGCAAACUAAAGGCAAAUAAUACAGAUGAACACAAUUUCCGUUUGUUUUUAUAAUUUAUUUAUGUACAUACUAAUGUUUACGAG